AUGCCAAAUUUUGGAUUCAACCCAUUUGCUCCAAGAAUUAAUGUGUUUACGACAGGAGUUGAUCAGGGAGAUUCGCGAAGAUACUACAGUCGAGAUGUAAUUCGAAUAGGAGGGGAGCGAGUCGAAAUUGACGCUACUCUAACGCCGGGAGAGCCAGGACACAGACAACAAUCACACUUCGAGAAACAAGUGUCCGACAUGGUGAAGAAUGAAUCAGAAUUUGUUUCUGGAAAGGAUAAGAAGCUAGAAUUUGUGUCGGGAGAAACAAUCCAAUCAAACAACCCUGAACUGGCUGGAGUGAAAUCGCUGGAAGAGUACAAGAAUCUAAAGAAGGAAGAAAACAGACGAGAGGAGCUCUCUAGAUACCAAUUGAAGGAUGAAGACAUCGAGGCGAUUAUUCAAUUUGAGCGCUCUUUACCGGAUGAAGGAGACACUCCAGGGUGUAAUUCCUCCAUUGACUACGAUUCGCUUCCUGCCAAUAUUCGCAACAUUUAUGACCGAAUCGAACUGAAAAAGCAAUAUUUAGAAUCGUCUGCAGCUUCCGCUUCGGCAGCACAGAAGCGGUAUUCAGAAAGUGUGGAUAUGCAAGCAAACGAUUUCAUUUCGUUUCAAAGAAUCCACAACCCUUUUUUAGACACUUCCUCGAACAAGCUCCUACAAAUGGCGAAGGAGGGCAUCUAUGAAACACACAUCCCUCGCCCGGAUUUGAAUGCAGUUUUGCAGCACAUGGACGAGGAAUAUGCAAAGCAACACCCCAUUAUCAGAGAUGUGUUACACACACCCGCAAAGGCCGAUUUUUCAAAGGAACAGAAAUUGAAUAAACGUGUUCAUGUAGCCGAAAAAGAUAGGGAGGUGAAGAGAAAGACGAAGAUAAAGAAGAAUCAUGAAAAGGAGAUAGUUGAACCAAAACAGCAAAUAGAUGAUAAAGCCGUGAAUUUUAGGCAUAUUACAGAUGAGGAAAUCGAUAGGAAUAGACUUAGCGAGGAGGAACUAGCAUCUCUGAAACCAACGAAAGAAGGAUGCCCAAAUAACACACUGUAUGUUCGGAAUCUUUCUCCGAACAUCUCAAAAGAAGAGUUGGUGGAUUUGUUUGGACGGUUUGAGAGAUCGCCAGGGGAAUUCGUCUACACACUUCUGACGGGGAGGAUGAAAGGCCAGGCGUUCAUCACAUUUCCAGACCUGGAAACCGCGGAGAAAGUGAAGAGGAAACUCCAUGGUUUUGUUCUAAAUGGGAAACCCCUGCUUUUGCAGUAUAAACGAUAA